AUGACAAAUACAAAAGAAAACAAAGAAAGUAUUACAAUUGUUUGGUUCGAUUUCAAUAUUCAUUCGUACAAUCAAACACAUAACAUCAAUGAACGAUUACGUCAAAUCAAUGAUUAUGUUUUAUAUUACAAUGAAAUUGAAUCUUGUAUAAAUUACAUUCAUUCGAUUAAUCAAGACAAAAUAUUCUUAAUUACUUCGAGUAUGGAUGCCUCUCAAAUAUUAGAUAAGAUCAAUACACUUCCACAAAUAAAUUCCAUCUUUAUAUUUGAUUUCAAUAAGAAUCAAAGCAAAGAAUUUAUUGGUGAAUAUUUGAAAUUUAUUGGUAUUUAUACUGAACUAGAAAAUUUGUAUUCAUCAAUUCAAGAACAAAUUGAACUUAACAAUGAAUUAUUUUCAACAUUUAGUUUUUUUGAUCAAUCUGAAUAUUUAAUACAAGAUUUAUCGAAACAAACUUCGGAUUUAUUUUGGUUUCAAUUAUUUAAUAAUAUUAUUUUGCAAUUAUCAUAUGAUCAAUUAGCUAAAAAUGAAAUGAUUGAUUUAUGUCGUCAAUAUUAUAAAGAUAAUUUCAAAUAUUUAAAAUUAAUUAAUGAAUUUGAACAUGAAUAUCAUUCAGAUAAAGUUAUUCAAUGGUAUUUUAAAAAAUCAUUUCCUUAUAAAAUGAUUACAAAAGCAUUUAAAACAAAAGACAUCGAUCAAUUAAAUAUAUUGAGAUAUUUCAUGAUUGAUCUUGUACAAAGUUUUAUGCGACAACAUCAAAAUAAAAUUCAUCAUGAAAAUCUUACUGUUUAUCGAGGUAUAAAAUUAUCGAAUGAUCAACUUGAUGAAUUUCGAAAACGUAAAGGAAAACUUUUUUUAACAAAUGGAUUCUUAACAGCAACUCGAUUUCGUUCAAAUGCAUUGAAUAUUGUUAGAAAAUCAAUGAAUUUUAUUUCUACUAUAUUUGAAAUCGAAUUAAAUUCACAAGAUUUUGACAAAUAUGUGUUAUUUACUGACAUAGAUAAAUCUAAUACGUUUUCUAAUCAAGAUGAUAUUCUCUUUGAUUCAAGUGUCAUAUUUCAUUUAGAUAAUAUUGAAUUUCAAGAAGACAUUUGGAUUAUUAAAAUGAGUAUUUCAAAUGAAGGAAAAUCUAUUCUAGAAAAAUAUAUUGAAAAUACACGUAAAUAUCAAUCUGAAGAUUUAAGUAUUGAAAUUAUAUUCGGACGUCUUAUGUUGGAUAGAGGACAAUGGAAUCAAUCACAAAAAUAUUUUGAGCAAAUAUUAAUCGAUUCAAAUGAUUUGGAUCAAGCAUGGAUAGAACAUAGUCUUGGUGAAAUACAUUUUUUAAAAGGAGAAUGGAUUAUAGCACGUAAAUAUUAUGAUCGAGCGAUGAAUUCAAAACAAAUUCAUAUCAAAGAUUCAGCUCGAAUACUUUCCGAUAUAGGAGACAUUCUCUUUGCAGAUGGAAAAUUCGACGAGGCUAUGAAUUUUUAUCAACGAGCAUUAACAAUUCGAAAAGAAAAUUAUCCUCCGGAUCAUGUGCAUAUUGCUACUAGUCUGCGUAAUAUUGGUGAUAUCUUCUUUAAACAAAACAAGUACGAUGAAUCAUUUGAAUACUUUCAACAAGCACUUACAAUUUUGGAGAAAUAUUAUAAAUAUUCCCAUAUCGAUAUAGCAAAAUGUCUAAUUUCUAUUGGAUUCUAUUUUCGUGAACAAAGAAAUUAUGAAAAAGCUCUUGAAUUUUAUCAACGAUCAAUAACAAUCUAUGAAAAAUAUUAUCCUUUUGGUCAUGUGUGCAUUGCAUCCACACUUAAUGAUAUUUCAUACAUUCUAUAUAGACAAGACAAUUAUGAUGAAGCUAUUGAUACUCAUCGCCGAACAUUGAUAAUGCAAAAGAAAUGUUAUCCAUUUGAUCACAUCAAUAUUGCUGAUUAUCUUUGUACGAUUGGUGUUAUUAACUUUGGAUUAAUCAACGAUGAAUCUGCUUUGGAAUUUUUUCAACAAUCAUUGAAAAUACAACAACAAUACUACACUUCUGGUCAUAUAAAUCAAAUAACUAUCUUGAAUAAUAUUGGUGUGACUUUGAAUAGAUUAGGAAAGUUUGAUGAUGCUAUGAAUUUUCAUCGACAAGCACUUGCUAUACAAGAGAAAUAUUAUCCAUCGUUUCAAGUAAUCUUAGCAGAUACAUUUGAUUGGAUCGGAGACGUUCUAAAGAGUCAAAUGAAAUAUGAAGAAGCUUUAUGUUAUCAUAAACAAGCACUGGUAAUAUUAAAUAACCAUUAUUCCUUGGGUCAUGGAAGUAUAGCUUUUACACUUAAAAACAUAGGUAAUAUAUUAAAUCAACAAGAAAAAUUCGAUGAAGCUCUAGAAAUCUAUCAACAAGCGUUAGCAAUAAUCGAGAAGUAUUGUCCAUAUUCUCGUGGUGAAAUCGCAUAUAUUUUGACAUAUAUCGGUAUUGUUCUAAAUAAUCAAGAUAAGUUCGAUGAAGCCAUUGACUACUUUCAAAAAGCAUUGGAAAAUCAAAAUUGCUAUUAUCAUUCUGACCAUCCAAAUAUUGCAGAUACAUUAAAUAACAUUGGUAAUAUACUUCGACGUCAAAAAAAGUUUGAAGAAUCUAUGAAAGCCCAUACAAAAGCAUUAGAGAUUCAAGAGAAAAAAUAUCCUUCAGGACAUAUCAGUAUGGCUACAACAAUGAAUAAAAUUGGUUUUGUAUUACAAGAUGAAAAGAAGUAUGAUGAAGCAUAUGAUUAUCAUCAAAAAGUCUAUUCACUACUUGUAAAACUUGGAGGCGAUUAUCCAUCAAAACAAUUAGACAUUGCUAAUAGUUUAAGAAAUAUUAGCCAUAUUCUCUAUUUACAAGAUAAGAACGAAGAAGCACUUGAAUAUCAACAACGUGUAUUAUCGAUUAGAGAAAAAUAUUUGCCAUCUGAUCAUGCUGAAAUAGCCAAUAUUUGCAUAGAUAUAGGUCGUAAUUUUCGUUGUCAACGCAAAUAUACGGAUGCAUGUGAGUUUCAACAACGAGCUUUAACAAUUCAAGAAAAAUUCAAUCCAUUAAAACAAUUGAAUAUAGCUGAAAGAUUUAACGAUAUUGCUAAUAUUUUCUAUGAUCAAGAAAAAUACGAUGAAGCCAUGGAUUUUUAUCAACGAGCAUUAGAAAUAAGAAAGACAUUCGAUUCGUCUGGCUAUGAAAGCAUUGCUACUAUACUCAAUAACAUUAGUGAUGUAUUUAAAAAACAACAAAAAUACAAUGAUGCGCUCGAUUUUAAAACACAGACACUCAAAAUACGAGAAAUCCAUUGUCCAUCUAAUCAUGAAAAUAUUAUAUCUAGUUUCAACGAGACUGGUAAUGUCCUACGAGAACUAGACAGGUACAAUGAAGCUCUUGAUCAUUAUCAAAAAGCGCUAGCAAUCUGCAAGCAAUUUUAUUCCUCUAGUUAUGAUUUCAUCAUUAUUAUCCUUAUUAAUAUUGCUUAUGUGCUUGGUGAUCAAAAAGAAUACGAUGAAGCACUUCUCUAUCGACAACGAGCAUUAGCAAUACGAGAAGAACAUUUUUCAUCAGAUCAUAAAAAUAUUGCAAAUGAUCUUACAAGUAUAGGACAUCUUCGAGUCCAUCUAAAAGAGUAUGAUCAAGCUAUUGAAAUCUAUCAACAAGCAAUUUCUAUCAGAGAACAAUAUUGCCCAUCUGAUCAAGCUGAUAUUGCAGAUAAUCUACAAUACAUUAGUGGUAUUUUAAAAGAACAAACAAAGUACGAUGAAUCUCUCGAGAUGAAGCAAAAAGAAUUAAAAAUCUACGCGAAAUUAUAUCCAGAUGGUCAUGCUUGUAUAGGUUCGUGUCUUAAUUCUAUCGGAAGAAUUUUAAGGGAAAAAAAACAGUACGAUAAAGCAUUUGAGUUUCAACAACAGGCACUAGCGGUUCGAGAGAAAUGCAAUCCAUGUAGCUAUGCAGAUAUUGCUAGUACUCUCGGUGAUAUGGGCAAUACGAUGUAUCUACAAGCUAGAUAUGAUGAAGCUUUUGACUUCUAUCAAAAAUCAAUAAUAAAUUAUGAAAAAGAUUAUCCAUCUAACUAUGCGAAUAUGGCCACUAUAUUGCGUAAUAUUAGUUUAAUUUAUGAAGUGCGAUUAGACUAUGAUGAAGCUUUACGCAUGCAACAACGAGUAUUAAGAAUUCGGAAGGAAAAUAGUCCAUUUGAAUACUUCACUAUUGCUAACAAUUUCCAAGACAUAGGUGAAAUACUCUGUGAACAACAAGAAUAUGAUAAUGCUCUCGAUUCUUAUCAACAAGCGUUAUCAUUACUCGAAGAACAUUAUCCAAUGAAUCAUAUUGAAAUAGCUAGGUGUCUACAAUCGAUGGCAAUUAUUGGGAAUGAAAAAUUAGAUUUUGAUCGUGCUAUUGAAUAUUUUGAACGAUGUUUAUGUAUAAGAGAGGCAAGUUUACCUAUAAAUGAUCCUGUAAUUGCUGACACUCUUAUGUACUUGAGUCGAGUUCAAACAAAUAGAAAUCAUCACGAACUCUCUUUGACAUAUGAAAUGAAUUGUGUAUUAAUGCGUAUGAAAUUUCUAUCACCACUUCAAUUAGAAAUUGGUGAAAGUUUUUCUCGCAUUGGUAAAAGUUACGAGCAUCUCAAUCAACCUAAAUUGGCAAUCAAUUAUUAUAAACGAGCACUUACUGUCUAUGAGAAUUGUUUACCCAGCUGGCAUAGAUAUAUAUGGGAUAUGGAACUCAAGAUAGAACAACUCUCAAAAGAAAUAGUCAUAUAA